UCAGUAUUUUUAAAAGUUGUGAUGUAGAAGAAAAUGGUGUAAUGUUCGUGGACAGCACGGCUAUCUUACAAAGCUAGGAAAAUGUCGAUCGACUUCAGUGAAAAGCAUUUGGCCUUAUUUUCGUUCAGACAGUAUGGUAGUUUAGGCAGUCGCGAGCUGAUUGAUGGCUUACAGCUACAGAAGGGUAAAUUUAUCGACGAUUUUGAUGGGAAGAUUCCGCGUCCUCAUUUGAAGGGCAGCAAAGAUACCAACGAAAUUGUCUGGAAAAGGCCUUUAGACUGUCAGCCAGGAGAACAUCCUGUAAAACCAUGUCUACUGGUGCCGAAGGAAGAAGGUUCGAGCGAAAAAAUAGAAGUUCGGAAGGCAAAGUCAGUUCACUUCGCGGACAGUUGUGGCCUAGCUCUCACCUCUGUUUCAUACCUGUUCGAUAAUGAAGACGAACUAUUUGCCUUUAAAAAUUUUAGUAGAAGUAAAGGCCUUGUUGUGCGAAAUUCAUUCCCGUCAAUCGGAGGUAAGAAAAAAGGAACGACAGAAGAAAAGAAGAGUAAGCUUUUAAAUUUUGUUCAACCAAUUACCUUAACGAACUUUCAAGAAAAGGUGAUAGAGAAUCGAGUUUGUCUGGAGAAUGUUGUGAUUCGAGAGUACAGUAUUUUUGGAACGAUUUCUGUUUCUAAUAUCGAUUUCCAGAAGAAUGUUUCUGUACGUUACACAUUUGAUAAGUGGCGAAGUUGCCAUGAUGCCAAAGGCACCUUUGUGAGUGGAACAAGUACUGGGAAAACUGACUCCUUUUCGUUUGAGAUUCCAGUUUCUGGAGACGAUAAAGGAGACACUGUCAACGUUGAAUUUUGCGUAUGUUACGAGACUCCCUCGGGUACUUAUUGGGAUAAUAAUAAGCAACAAAAUUACAAGAUUCUUUUCUACCCGAACAAAACCAGUCAAAGCAUACAGGACAACCUGGAAGGAUUUAGUUUGCUCGCGAAGGACAAUCAAUUCGCUGGACUGAAUUCCUAGUCGAGACAAAUCCGUAUUCGUUUGCGUGAAUUGCUGCACGUCUUGCUGGUAUGAUGUAAGCCAAUAAACAAAAUGUGUUUUGUCUGCAAACCAAUGCUUUCCGUUUGAAAGGGUCGGAUUUUGGGUAGUUUUCAAUAGAUUUCAAUGCUGAACGCUGUAUAUUUGAAUGCUUAACAAUUACUCCAAUAAUUAGAGUACUUUACUGUUUUCGUGCUUGAAAACAGGUAAAAGGUUGCCGUAUUUAGUGGGCGUUGACGGCACUCUAAUACAACUGGUUUGUCUCCGUCUAGCCUUCCCCCUAGACGCCCAUUUUGCUUUGUCUAAAACCAGCCACUCGGCUGCUUUCCGAUAUCUGCUAGGAAUAAUGAGAGACAAUGUUUUUCAUACACACUUUUGCCAAGAACAAAAGUAUUUCCAGACCCACCAUAUUACUUUUACAAUGCAAUUAGGAUACUUUAAGAAACUAAUUCUUUAAAUUUGCAGAGAAUCUAAAUACCUGGUGCAAAUGCAGGUCUCUUGACCACUAAUUGAUAAAGCAUUGUCACAGAUAGAUAUUAUUAAACUUCAAAUUUUAAUGUAAGGGAAAGUUUUGUUUUGCUGUAAAUAGCUAAUUUUCUACAAAUUUAUAUGAUAAGAAUGCCAGCUAUUUUUUGUUACCUCUCACCUUAGUUUUGUUUCUUGGUUUCAGAUAAAAGAGUUUCUUUGACUUUUUUUCAAUUUUAAUCUUCUGCAUACUGUAAGAUUCACAGUACAGCUAGAUCAGGCUUUUCUAAGAAUUUGUACAUAUAUUUCAGGAUAUGACAAGUGGUUUGUGAGUUUUUGUUUAGUUUUGCUAUAAUUUUAAUCGCAAGCUUCUGAAAAUAGAAGAGCAUAAGAAAUAUACAGAUUAACUUGUUUCACACGUAUUCAACACAUUCAAAGUUUAAGCAGCUUUAUUAUCAUCAUUUUGUGAGUAUGUAAAGAUAUUUAAAGUUCUUUUACCUUGGCCUAAUGAAAGUAAGUUUAGAGUAAAGAGUACAUGAAAUUGUGAUUCUUUUGUUACAGAGUUCAGUAACCUUUCCAACCAAAUAUCCAUUGUGGAACUGCUCACAAUUUGAGAUUUGAAUUUCAUGAAAAUACCCGUUAAAGUAUGAAAAAUUCAUGAAAUUGUUUCACUAAAAUAGCCUAUGACUACAACAAAUACAUUGAGCCAAAAUCAACAAAAGAAAACAUUUUCAGCUAAAAUUUUGGUAGAAAUAGGGCUAGGAAGUACAGAGAAUAAUUCUGCCCCUUGUUGGCCCAAUGUUUCAAUUGGUGGCAGAGCCCUUUUGACAAUGGGUUUGAAAGGUUCAUGGAUGCAUCACACAUGUAAAUAGUAUGAAUGAAUGCUUAAUGAAAAUGCUUUGCUAAUCAAAUUCAAUAAAUUAAUGCCAUACACAA